AUGACGACCUUUAUGCGCCUCAAGACCCCGUUCCAGGCCCGAUCCCCAAUCACAGCUUUCUCCGCAGCACGCACCCAAACACCUCGAUACAGAAGCUAUGCGACCAAAUCUUCAAAUGACCCCGAGCAAGCCACAACCAAGCAAACAGACUCGCCCAACCGCCCAAUCCCCUCCAAUAAAGCAAAGCCCACCCUCCACGAGGGGGAGCAGUCACCUGUCAUAGACAAAGCAGGGAACCCGAAGAAGGACCUUCCCGAGGAUGUCAAGAAGCACAAUCGAGAGAUGGAGGAUCGGUAUGAUAAGCCGUAUAACUAUGCCAAUGAUGAAGGCACGGUUGAACCUUCUUUCAAGAACUAG